CCCGCCCCCAGGCGUUGACCUGGACCUGCUUGCGCACGCGCAGUCUCGCUCUCUGGCCUGCGCUGCGCGGGUGUGCGUUUUGCGCUCUUGGCGUGGACUUUGCUCGGGGCUCAUCUUUGCUGUGUGGACGCUGGUGUUUUCUCUCACUUGUCUCCCAGUGCCCCAACUCCCGAUCUACCCUUCUCCUUUUAUGCGUUCCCCACCCUGUGAUUUUCCUGUUUCCUUCCUGAGUCUCACCUUCUCAGGUUGUGCCUGUUUCCUGUGUCUCUCUCCUCCGUGUCUGUGCCAAUUUUCCCAACCUCUAUUUUCCGGUUCUGCCCGAGUCUCUCUGCUUGUCCAUCCUGCUGAUUUUUGGACCCCCUUUCUCCCGGUGCCUCAUUCCCUUAUAGCCUAAUCCCAUUCCCGCCUUUCUUUGCUUGCUGAGACGCCUCUAGUUUUUCUGUCUUUUCACCCUCUGUGUUCAUCUCUCAGGAUUUUCCCCAAUUCUCGGGCUCCUUGCUGUAAUUAUCGCCUUCUCUGUGUAUCCCUAUUGGACCAUCUCAGGGUUUUCCUCCCCAUCCAUCCAGUCUGUGUUGUUCCCCUUUCUCUCUUUCACCCUCUGAGAUCUUCUCCUCUUUCAAACCGUGGGAGCCCCGUCUUUGUGCCCCGCUCCUCAUUUUUCUGUCGCUCUGAUUGUGCUCUCUCGGCUAGUCGUCUGUCUCCCUGCAAGUUUCCAUUCCGUCAGUUUGCUCCUCCUUCUCUGUAUGGUUUCUUUUUUGUAGGGAUAGCGUUCCCUCCAACCCCAACUCCAUCCUUUCCCCCUUGAGAAUUUCAUUGCAGCCUUUUCUGGUUGCGUCCUCGCUUCUGCUCGGAUUGUUGGGUCCUGUUGUUUUGCAUUACAGGCUGGUCUUGGCACCUGUUUGUCACAGAUUUCUGGGUUACAGAGCCUGUGUGUCCAGCAUUCUGAACUGAAACAGGUGGCAGAAGUGACCUCUAGCUGGACUGCUGUGCAGGGAAGCAGUACUAGACCAAGCUGGAAAGAAACAGUGACCCAGAGGCAGGUGGACAGAGAAUUCAGGGACUGACGAGAAGCACGCUUGAGACCUAGAUUGAAAUUGGUUCCAGACUGACCUCUAGCAUCCAGGAUCCAGACACAGGACCAUGGGACCCCAGCAUUUGAGCCCUGUGCAACUGCUCUGCGUCCUGGGGGCCAUCUCCACUCUUCCUCGGGCUGGGGCUCUUUUGUGCUAUGAAGCAACAUCUUCACUCUUCAGAGCUGUUAAUUUCAAUCACUGGAAAUGGCUUCUGUUGAGGAGUGCAGUGUGUAAACUGGCCGAGGGCUGCGAGGAGACACUGGUGCUCAUCGAGACAGGGAACAGAAGGGGAGUUGUGGGCUUUAAAGGCUGCAGCCCAGCCUCAUCUUACCCCAAGCAAGUCUCCUACCUCGUUUCACCACCUGGAUUGUCCAUUGCCUCCUACAGCCGCGUCUGCCGGACGUAUCUCUGCAAUAACCUCACCAACUUGAAUCCUUUGUUGAAGCUCAAGGCCAAAGCUCCUAAGACUACAGCAUUUGCUUCCCAUAGUUGCCCAACUUGUGUGGGCGAGCACUCUCAGGAUUGCCUCCCAAAUUUUGUCACCACUGAUUCUUGCCCCUACAAUGCCCCUAAGUGUUACAGUUCCACCUUAAGCUUUCGGGCAGGGUUUCUCAAUACCACAUUCCUCCUCAUGGGCUGUGCUCGUGAACAUGCCAAACUUUUAGAAAAUUUUAACCAGAUUGGGAGCAUCAGUGUGAGUGAGGUCCUCAACAUUGUAGACAAGGCCCAGAUUGCUGGUGCAGAGCCCUCCAGUCGGGGUCCUGCCUGGGGCAUCCUCUUAGGCCUCCUGCUUGCUUUCAGGAAGUGACGAUCUAGCUGGACCGAGCAAACAUCCAGACCCCUUCACAUAACCAAAUAAAGUGAGAGUUGCCUUUC